AUGGUAACCGACGAAGUCUUGCGCGAGUUAUGCGAGCGUUUUAAGACCAACGGCUACGUCGUCGUGGAGGAUUACCUCGAUGAUUACGUCGUACGGGCGUGUUUGAACGAAUUCGAAACCGUGCUCAGGGCGAGAGUCGGGAACGAGGGCGAUGAAGAUGCGCGUUUCGGUCGAUUGGAGGCGCUCGGUUGCGUGGCGCAGGUGAACGCGCCGCGAGAGGCGGACGCGUACGACGCAAACGUGAACCAUCGCGCUCGAGGGCGGUCGAGCGUGUGCGAUGCCAUCGUUUCCGAGACGCUGACUCGAAAAGGAGCGAUAGGAUCGAUCGCGAUCGCGCUCCUGGGUCACGACGAUACGCGACUCUUCAACGACCAGUACGUCGCCAAGCCGCCGGCGAGAGCAGAUUCGGCGCUUCGUGCGUCGUGCUUUGAGUGGCAUCGCGACAGCCAGUGGUGUGAUGACGGGGAAGAUGGUUCAAACGUGCCGUAUUUGAGUUGUUGGGUCGCGUUGGAUGACGUGAGCGAGGAGAACGGGACGCUGCGCAUGUUGCCGUAUCCGCCAGCGGCGAGCGAGGCGACGCAUAGAGAACGAGCGAGUGCGUACCCUCCGAUGAGUGAUUUGCCAUCGCCUAUGUCCGGAGACGCGUGCGAGGAUUGUGGUCGAUUGUUGACUAUCCGUGCCGGCUCGGUGGUGUUCUUCAGCGACGUCGUCUUUCACUGCAGCGGCCCGAAUCUUAGCGAGUCGAUUCGUCGUGCGUGGAUGCCGCAGUUUUCUGCGGGUCCCAUCGUGCGCGCAGACGGCUCCCCGGUGAGUCUAGUCGCGCGAAUAGAGUAG